AUGGCACCGCCCCGGCCGACACUGCCCUCCUCAAGGAGUUCGAUGCGCCCUCCACCCAGACCGAAUGCGACGCACACGGCCUCGAUGACCGGCAGAGCUCCUUCUCCGGCUCUGUCCAAUGCUUCAAGUAACACUUCUAGCGCAGGGACCAAGAGGAAAGACAGAGAUUUCGAUAACGACCAUGGCGAAGAGACCAACAUCCAUGUGGUGGUGCGGUGUCGAGGCCGCAGUGAACGAGAAGUGCGCGAAAACAGCGGCGUGGUGGUGUCAACAAACGGCGUCAAGGGGCAAAGCGUGGAGCUGUGUAUGGGACCGAAUGCGAUCAGCAACAAGACAUAUUACUUCGACAAAGUCUUCUCGCCCGCAGCAGACCAAGCUAUAAUCUUCGACGAUGUGGUCGCGCCGAUACUGAACGAGAUGUUGACCGGCUUCAACUGCACGAUAUUCGCUUACGGGCAAACGGGAACAGGGAAGACGUACACAAUGUCUGGAGACAUGACGGAUACGUUUGGCUUGCUGUCCGACGCAGCUGGCAUUAUACCCCGGGUAUUAUAUUCACUAUUCCAAAAGCUGGAGUCAGAUGAGGUGGAGUGCUCUGUCAAGUGUUCUUUCAUCGAGUUAUACAAUGAAGAACUAAGGGAUUUGCUAUCCACAGACGACACUGUCAAGCUCAAAAUCUAUGACGAUUCGAGUAAAAAGAGCCACUCUGCCACGGUCGUUCAAGGCAUGGAAGAAUCGUACAUCAAGAAUGCAGCAGCCGGCAUCAAAUUGCUUCAGCAAGGAAGCCACAGGCGCCAAGUCGCUGCAACCAAAUGCAACGAUCUCAGUUCCCGAAGCCACACAGUCUUUACAAUUACAACAUUCAUCAAGAGAGUUAACGAGACAGGAGAAGAUUAUAUCUGCUCUGGGAAACUCAACCUUGUGGAUUUGGCUGGUAGCGAGAAUAUUCAACGAAGUGGAGCUGAGAACAAAAGAGCGGCCGAGGCAGGGUUGAUCAACAAGAGUUUGUUGACUCUCGGAAGAGUCAUCAAUGCGCUUGUUGAUAAGAGCUCACAUAUCCCAUACCGCGAAUCCAAGCUCACACGAUUGCUGCAGGACUCGCUAGGUGGAAGAACCAAAACUUGCAUAAUAGCAACAGUUUCACCCGCGAAGAGCAAUCUCGAGGAAACCAUUUCAACCCUUGACUAUGCCUUUCGCGCAAAGAAUAUCCGCAACAAACCUCAGGUCAACUCGAUGAUAUCCAAGAAGACCUUACUCAAGGAAUUCACCACCGAAAUCGAAAAGCUCAAGAGCGAACUGAUUGCCACUCGACAACGCAAUGGCGUCUAUUUGACCAAUGAGCAAUACGAAGAGAUUACGGUGGAAAGCGAGUCGCGGAGGAUCCUGAGUGAAGAGCAAAGGGCACGAAUUGAGACUCUGGAAAUCAGUCUUCGAAAUAAAGUCCAGGAGUUGUUCAGUUUAACAAACAAUUUCACCAUUAUGAAACGGGACAACGAGGCCACCCGAGCAAUUCUGGAAAGUACCAAAGACGUUUUGGUGAAAACAGAAGCUGUCCUCGCGGAGACGAAGGCACACCUGGAGGAAGAGGCAGCGCUGCGACAAGCACACGAAGCAACCGAAGAACACCUGUACGGCAUCGGCACGAAACUGAUUUCCACUCUUGGCGCAUCUUUGAACGAUGUUGAUGGGCUGCAUGCGAAGUUACGACGCCGUUCUCAACUACACUCUCAAAAUCGCAACGUUUGGGACACGUCAGUCGGCCGUGUCACGAAUGUGUCAGAACUGGUGGAUGCGCGCAUUGAGCAAUUUCGAAUCGCACAUUCAGAAAUGAUUGAAGCGACCUCGGCUAGGCUGGCGGCAUUUUUGUCUUCGGAAAAAGCGGCUCUCCAGAAGUCGACUCGACUGGUGGUCUCCAAGGCUACCGAACUGAACCAAGACCACGCAGUCAUGGAGACCCAGUGUGCAGAAGCCAAAGAUGCAAUGAAUGACGUCCUGGAAGAGAUUAAGGAUCUCCGGGAGGACCUCAAAGAAAAGGUCGGCGCAGGCCUGCAUGGCUUGUCGCAGGCUGCAGCCAAGAUAUCCGCCGAGGUGAUUUCGGAAUUGGAACAGUUCCACACCCAGUUACAUUCGUCCUACAGCGGUCUUGGAAAGGAUUUCAAAGCCAUGUUCGACGACAUGACCAAGCAAUUGGCCGCUCAACGCGAAGAGGCCGACGCCUUACGGUCCGCACUAGAGAAGGCGAACCGCGCAAACAUUGAGGCACAGCUGGAGGCGUCGACACAACUUGAGGCCAUUCGGGAUGAAGAGAGGGAGGCAUCCCGCGCGGAGAAAGAGCGGCUUAAAGAACAGAUCAUGCAGUUUAUUGAUUUGUCCCAUGAGCGUCAACAAGAGCAUCUCUCCAGCAGAUUGAUUAACACCCAGUCUCACCUCCUCGAGGCAACCGAGCAGUUUGAGAAUGCCGAUCGAGUGUUCCGUGAGGGCAUGGGCCGAUUGAGCACUCAAGGCGAACAACUGAUGACGAGAGUGGUCAAUUCGAAGGACGAUCUUAAGAAUAAAAUGAAGGGGGAUUGGACGGCCGUCAGUGCGCGAAAUAAUGCCAUUCAAAAGUCCACCAAGGCCGUUCACGAGGAAACGAUCAAGAUAGUGGAUGCCCAAUUGUCCCAAAUGGCUACCCAGAUGGCUGUCCUCGACGAGUUCGUGACUCGCGCAAGGUCGCAGAACGAGUCUCAUCAUACCGAGCGUGUUCAGAGAAUGCAGAAGGUUAUUGGAAAUGCUCGAGACGGGUUUAAUGAACUUGAGAAACAAUUGGAAUCGCGUGCCGGAGAUAUGGGUACUUUCGAGGGCGAUUUUAAAUCGCAGACCGAAGGUCUUGAUGGUCUGACAAGCUCUUUGGAUAAUGAUGCGCGACCACUCCUGAAAAACUUGCAGGAAGAGAUGUCGACGGCUAAAUUGAUCGAGUAUAGUCCGACAGGACAGACGCCGGAAAAGAAGGAAUGGGAUUAUCCUACCCAUCUGCCAAGGACUGAGAGGCAUGACUCUAUCAUCGCCCGAUUAAGGGGUCUUGCUGAUCCAGCGGCAAAUACUCCUCCUAUAUCCACGAGUAUCCCGACGUCAGGAGGAGGAGGGAGAAGUGGCGGUGAUGGUGGUGAUGGUGAUCGUUCACCUCGCAAACAACGUGACAACUUGAAUGGGCAGACUUCGACUUCAUCUCCACGCAAAUUUGGAGGAGGACCCCUAUCGCCGUCGAAAUUGAAACAGCCGAGUCCGAGUAAAACAAAGGUCUUUGCUGAUGCAGUGGAUACUACAAAUCUGCAGCAGGAAUUUGAGUCGAAGUUGCAAUCUCAAAACACAAUGACGGCCACGACGGUCUCGACUGACAACAACCAUCCAACGAAAGCGCCACUCGGUCUCAAAGAAAUUGACAUCAAUGUCGUCGCUGGGAGACCGGCGUCGGCUUCGGCGUCGGGUUUGAAUGGAGGAGGGUUGGAUUCAGGUUUGGGUUCAACUACGGCGGCCGAAGAAAAGCCCGUCCUGCUCGAUUUCAGUAAAAGUCUCGGCAGUGGUGGAUCUGGCCAACCGCCGCUGAAGAGACAUGCCACGACAAAUGCGGUUGUCGAGAGUAAGUUGCCUACUGGUGUCUCGAUGAAAUUGGGUCGGGCGAAGAGUAGUGUUGCUGCUUUGAAUAUGGGCAUGGGUGGAGCGGGAGUUGAGAAUUCUAGUUUCACCCAGAGUGUGGGAGGGAGAACAGCAGGAGGUGGGAGGAGGUUGAGAAGCAGUCCUCCUGAAUGA